AUGUAUUGCACCCGUGAUAUACCGUCUGUGCCGUAUCAAGUGUUCAUGAGUCGUAGGAGCGAGAAUCCGACUCACACGGUCACUAUUAGGAGAGUCUCCACCAUCAAUUCAGACGCGGUCAGAUCGCUUACGCGCAGGCGGAGCUCGAAUGACCCAAGUGCAAUGGACAUGAAUGCCAAGUCGCUCGGCCUCUUGCAGCUCAUUGUCCGACAGGCUCCCAACAUGCGACAUGGUUUCCCGGCCGAUGCACGGUCGUUCUACGUUGACAGUAAGGCCAAAGACCUGAGGAUCGGGUUGUCGGCAUGGCGAGGCUUUUUCCAGAGCGUGCGGCCCACACUGGGCGGGCUGAUCAUCAAUAUCGACGUCUCGCACGCCCUCGUGUACACAGGUGGUCCACUCGUCACGACGAUGAUGCAAUAUCUCAAUCUGAGAGACUCGCGAGGACUGCAAACCCUCUCACCCUCUGACUUUCGAAAACUGCGGACGUUCCUCAAAGGCGUUGUCGUCUCUAUCACCGUCUCGCCCAAGAUGCGUGCCCGUCCCAUCUCCGAUCUCGUGCUCGCAGCUGGGCAACAGGUGUUUGAUAAGGAUAACGAAAGCUGGACCGUUCAGCGCCAUUUCGAGACCAAGUAUGGGAAGCAGGUGCGAUACCCCAAGUAUGUCGGUGUGAAGGUCGGGAGGACGGCGAUUAUCCCUGCAGAGUUUUGCAUCGUGCGGUCAGGUCAGGUUUUCCGAAAGAAGAUUCCCCCCGAUGUACAGAGGGGUUUCCUUGAAUUUGCGACACAGAAGCCGGACCAUCGCUUCGGCGCUAUCAAGUCGGCCGUUACUGGAGGUAUCUUCAACUAUGCGGACUCGGAUUACAUGCGGGAGGCUGGGAUGGCCGUCAGCAAUGAGCCGAUGGAGCUGAGCGGCGAGGUCAUCACACCUCCUCCGCUCAUGUAUGGCGGCAGUCAGCAACUGCAGCCCACAGGUGGCUCUUGGAACAUGGUCGGACGCCGAUUCUACAAGCCCGGUGUGAUGCGGUCCUGGAUGGUCGUCAACUAUAGCAGCGCCCAAGAGCAGGUCGUCCGACAAUUCAUUGACAAGAUUGAAAUGAGUUUGCAGAGGCUUGGAAUCCCAGCCAGGCCGCUAAUAUAUGGGGGCCAGCCCUCAGAUCCAAAGAAAGUCCUCGAGGAUCGUGGGUCCCAAGUUAGGCCGGAGCUUGUCAUUUGCGUUUUGCCCCACGAUGCAGCCGAAAUCCGCCAAGCCAUCAAAAAUUGGGGUGAUUGCAAGCGGAGCAUAUCAACGCAAUGCGUGCGAGGUGGUAAAUGGGAGCGCGCCAAUGACCAGUAUUGUCACAACGUUGCGUUGAAGAUCAACGCUCGCCUCGGUGGGGUCAACUCGGUAAUCGACGACCCGGGGUUCAGUAAGUUCCUCGGAGAAGCGAUGAUAGUUGGCGCAGAUGUGGGGCAUCCGGGACCGGGUGUCACCAACCGGCCAUCAAUCACCGGGCUGGUUGCGUCUUUGGACCCCCAAGCUAGCGUCAUGACCUGUUGCUCUUUCGUACAGCAGCCUCGUCAGGAGAUGAUUGAGGACUUGGAAGAAAUGAUUUUCCGUUUUCUCGGUGAUUGGCGUAGCUACCGCCGGGAGAAGCUAGGUCCGCAGUGGGACAGACCCCCUAAGACAGUAGUGUUCUUCAGGGAUGGAGUUAGCGAGGGCGAGUUUGACAGAGUCGCUCAGUAUGAGGUUCCCAAGAUCAAGAGCGCAUUUGCGAAAGCACAAAUACCUCCUAAUCUCUGGUCCAAGAUUAUUUUCAUAGUUGUAGCAAAGAGGCAUCAUGUCCGCUUUUUUGCGAAGCGCCCAGACGACCGGGAUCGCUCUGGAAAUUGUCCUGCCGGACUUCUCGUCGCUGAUAGCAUCAUCAACCCGAAUUACGAGAACUUCUACCUCCAAUCGCACGCAGGACUGUUGGGGACUAGUCGACCCACUCACUACAUUGUCUUGGCAAACGAGGCGAGUUUGGGUAUCAAGAACAUUCAGCAGCUCACCUUCAAGUUAUGCCACAUGUAUGUCAGCGCAACGCGAUCAGUUUCUAUCCCCGCGCCUGUCUACUGCCGCAUGUGCACGAGACUUCCGUUCUUCUGCGCGGAUGGGGCUUCGUUGAGCGACACCGCGUCCGAGCGCACUAGCAGCACCGCUCCGAACGCAUUCGACCUCGAGCAGUGGAAGCGCACUGCGGGCUUCCAGACCCCAGUGGGGCUCAGGCAUCGGAUGCCCUUCGCCUGA